CAUCUCGUUCCUCCAAAAUAGCUCUCCAUUGUCUUGGCGCUCCCAAGCCUCGAACAGAUCAGCCUCAACUGUUGGCCGCCAUGGCUCGCAGACGCCGAGCCGACGGAGAACCGAGGCGGACAGGAAGCGUCUCAGGGCCACGGCCCCUACCGACGACACCCCUCUUCCGACUAUCAGCCGGUUCUUCCAGGAACGUUCUGGCGGGGGAGAGACCGCUCAGCCGCUCGUCCAAUACGACGAAGAAGCCCUGGAGCGAAUGAGGCAGAAGUUGCUCGCGAAGAAGGACUAGGGGACCAUUCGAGAGCCUCUGCCGAUUUCACCAACGGGACCCCAAGCUGCCAGAUCACGGAGCGGGAGCGGGAGCCCGGCUGAAGGUUCGCAAAGCGCCAGGAAGAGACAAUCCCACAUUCUUGGUGACGGGCACCAGGCUCUCAAACGUCGAAAACUUCAUCUGUAUCCGCUUCGCCGCGAUGAUGUGAGGAUCCGGAUUGGAAGCCAGGAGAGGCAUCCUGGGGACAGCUCCAGUAUUUCCAGGCUGAAAGCGGCCCAUUCAACCCGCCAUGUACAGGUUGAGGCCGACCGGCACGCUCGACCGAUAGUCUCGCAACGCAUAGAUGGUGACGUGACUCUCCGCCAGUCGCAGCACGGAAAGAAACGUCCGUCACCGCCCUCGGCACCCGCGGACGGCACCCCAAGCUCCCAAAGUGAGAGGGAUGGGCGUUGUUGCGUCUCGAGUGAUGCUGAGGGCCGGGUUUUGGCAACAUCGUUUCCCUCGUUCGCAAAUCCACUCUCAGUUCGACCAGUACCCGAGUCUUUCUACUGUCGCGACCGAUUCGACUCCGAAGAUACUGGCACAGCCGUUGCACAGGUUGGACGGGAUAUGUUUCCCGUGCCCCCGUCGCAGAAGACGGAGAACAGCACUUGGCGAAACUGGCUGGUGCAACCCAGCAGCCCCGUAAGCAGCGAUGUUGCCGUCAAGGGGAGCCGAUUGUCGUUCGAGCACCGAGUCAGCCCCGGGGUCAGUGAUAUCUGUCGACCGGGGCAAGUGCCCGGACAAUCCUCGCACCCGAUUCCUGGCUUCACCGUCGGGCCGCCACAGCGGUAUCACUAUGGUGAAUCUCGGGAUUUCGACAAGCCGCCUAGCUCCAGCGACUCUUCGGCGAUCCUGAGUCGGUAUGAAGACCUCGUUGCCAGGCUUCGGCGGCUUGAACAAUUCGACACGCCUACGUCUCGCGAUGGGCAAAAUGAAUCAGUUCUGAGGAGCAGUGCAGAGCUCGAUGUACCCAGUGGGGGUAUUGAGGCCCAUGGAGCAGAAACAGAAUCUCCCGGAAGUGACCACGCCCAGCGGAUAGCUGGUGUUUCACUCGAAGCCCACAGUCAGGGACGGGAAGGUGUUGCUGCCAGCAACAUCGAAGCAAUUCCUUCCAUACCAGCCGUCAGCUCAUCUCCGCAGCCGCCAGUGGCUAUCCAAGAAAGUCAUGUGCCGUCGGACGGAACCGAUCCAGACCAGGCUUGGAAGACAUUCGUCUUCGGCGACGUGGAUAGUGAAGAUGUCAGCAAAGCAGCAUUUGAGCAAGCCAAACAUGACGCAAUUAGAGACAUCCUGCCAUCAGCCUCACCCGACGAACGACCCGAGUCUGAUGGAAACAGCAACGUCGCAACUGUCGGCACGUUCUACGCAACCCAUGAAGAUGAGACUUCCGAAUCCAUCAAAGCCAACUGUGAAGCGUCUGCCAGCUCUGGAGCCGAGCACGGUCUCUCCUUGACUGGGACCGAAUCGGAGUUGGUGACCGGCGUCUUGGAUGAGUCUGCCGAGGCUCCAAGCAUCGAGGUUAACGUCAGCAUCGGCAGUGCAUCGAGUUGUGAAAGCCCCGCCGAAGAUUCCACUGCCAACACACCGAUAUUGGCGCCGGACCCCGGAAGCACCGCAUCAGAGUCACACGCUGGCGCGCCUUCGAUGACCACCUCCCUCGCGGUUGCGCCCGCCCUGUCCCAUGUUGCGCCGAGUGAAGCAGGGCCACCGGGGGAUCAGUUCCGGUUUGUCCAACCCAAGCUCUUUGUCGGCAAACGCUCGAGCGUGUCACAGUUCAGACCGGCCCCAGAGCCGGGUGUCGGGAUCAGCCUCACAAAGAGGCGGAGGGGCCGGCCGAAGAAGCGGGCCAACGACGGCCGGGCUGAUAUACGGGCCCUGCCCAACUACAGCAGUGAUCCAAUCGAGGAUUUCGAAGAGGAGCAGCCACGGGCAGCCAAGUCUCUCUUCCCUGCACUCGAGCUGUCUUAGUGGCUGAAGGGGGAAGCCGAAUCUGCCGCAUCUGGAUGGGUGCUCAUGAAUAGUCCCUGUCUGAAACCGGGGGUGGGGAUGCCAGAUGCCCCCAGCUAGCUUCACUGUAGCUUUCGUCUCCCAACUUUGCUCCAAGCAGAAGCUCUGGGCGAUCUCUUCUCAAAUGCCGAGCACGUCUGGCCAACUCGGCCUCGACUUAG